UGCGAGCCGGAGGCAGGGUGAGUUUCUACAGACACAGACGGAGUGACGGAGCAACACUGAAGUAAGCAAUAUACAAGGGCAACGGGUUAGGGUUGAGUUGAGUGUUCCCGCCUAAACCCUAAAUUAAAGUUGCUGAAGUGGGCAACUGAAAUCGGAUGUUAAUUGAUUGAUGUUGAGAAGUUGAAAACUGAAAAUGGCGAGCAGAGUUGAAAUUGAGGAAGAGAAGGAAGGAGAGCAUGUUGAUACCACGGAUUUCUUCUUCGAGAAAAUCGGCGAACCCGUGCCUAUCAAAUCUGAGGAGGAUUCCCUAUUCGAUCUCCGAAGCCCUCCACCUCAGGCCCUCGCCCUCUCCCAGCGUUUCCAGCUGCUAUUUCUCGCUCAUUCAUCUGGGUUCUUGGUAGCGAGGACCAAGGAUGUGAUUAAUUUGGCCAAAGAUAUUAAGGAAACUGGUUCUCCUUCUAGUAUUGAGGAUUUGAGUUUGGUGGAUGUUCCCAUUGGCAAGCUUCGCAUUCUGGCUCUUUCCCCCACCGACGAUUCCACACUUGCGGUUUCUGUUGCCGCUGAUAUUCAUUUCUUCAAUGUCAACACCCUUCUCAAUAAGGAGAUAAAGCCAUGUUUUUCCAUUUCGCUUCCUCAGUCAAGCUUUGUCAAGGAUUUUCGAUGGAGGAAGAAGAAGGAUAACUCCUUCCUUGUUCUUUCAGAUGAUAGCAAGUUAUAUCAUGGAACUCUUACUCACCCUCUUAAACAUGUGAUGGAUAACGUCGAUGCUGUUGAGUGGAGUGUAAAAGGUGCUUUUGUUGCUGUGGCAAAAGAUGAUAGUCUUAGUAUUCUGUCAGCUAAAUUCAAUGAGAAGUUGUGCAUGGUACUGCCAUUCAAAUCUUGGAUUGGCGAUUGCAAUGGUGAUUGCACUGUAAAAGUGGAUACUAUCAGGUGGGUUCGUCCUGAUUGCAUUGUUCUAGGUUGCUUUCAGUUUACUGCAGAUGGUGAAGAGGAAAAUUACCUUGUUCAAGUAGUCAAAAGCAAGACUGGCAAAAUCACUGAUGCUACUUCUGACUUGGUUGUGCUCUCCUUCAGUGAUUUGUUUGCUGGUCUGAUUGAUGACAUUGUGCCUUUCAGAACUGGACCUUAUUUAUUCUUGAGCUAUUUGGAACAAUGUGAGCUUGCAAUUGCUGCUAACAUAAAGAACACAGAUCAGCAUAUUGUGUUACUCAGUUGGUCACUUGGUGAGACUGGUGAAGCUUCAGUUAUUGAUAUUGAGCGUGAUAAUUGGCUCCCAAGGAUUGAGCUUCAAGAGAAUGGUGAUGACAAUUUGAUCAUGGGGCUUUGCAUUGAUAAAGUUUCUCUCUUUGGGAAUGUGAAAGUCCAACUUGGAGUUGAAGAAGUCAAGGAACUUUCACCAUAUUGUGUUCUUAUAUGCCUUACUUUAGAGGGCAAGCUUAUUAUGUUCCACAUUGCAAGUGUCACUAAAAAUGCUGUUCCAUUUGAUGUUGCUGCCCAUUCUGAUAAAGAAGAGGAUACCCCUGCUGUGGUACCUGAAGAAUUUGAUCUACCUAAACUUACUUAUGGGCAGGGUGAGCAAAAGUCAGAACAGGUAACUUCGGUUCUUCCAUUACUGGAUCAAAGCAAAAAGGAGCUGCUUACUAAUGGUAGUGAAAUUCCUAUUAAAAGUGAUGUAAACCUUUCUGAAAGGAAUGUGAACUCUGUUAUGCAUGCAACCAAUGAAGCAUUCGAUAAGGAUAAUAUUCAGAGAUCAGUGUCUUUACAAAUCUCCCAGUCUUUUGAAGCUGUUGGCCAGCAAAAACCUCCAACCACAAAGCCGCUCCAAGAAGCAGGCAGUCAACAUAAAUUGCUUUCUGGACAGCAAGGUACAAAUUCAGGGCAAUCAUUUUUGAAGACUUCUCAACUAGAGGGACCUGGUAACAAGUUGAGGGAUGGUAGUCAAACAGAAACUCAAAAGAUUGCAGGAGUUGGAUCUAUUGCUUCUUUUGGAGGAAAAUUUUCAAAUGAUACCUUAACACAACCAAACCAUGAGAAUGUACCAAAAAAUUUUGAGCUGGUUAAGGAAUCAGUAGGCAAAACUGGAUCAAUUGGAUCGCAGAGUGCAUCAUUUCAGCCAUGGCCAAUUCCAUCAUCUCAGUCACUGAUGAGUGGAAAACACAUGCUUUCAGAGGAGUCUGAUGCCAGAUCUUCAUUUUCACCUUCAAGUCAUAUUCAGUGCAGUAGAUCUCUGGGUUCUGGAGUUACAAUGGAUACUACAUGCAUUUCUAUUAGCAAUGUUGGAAAACCUUCACAUCUGAAAGAUACUGCUGGGACAUCAAUUUCAGUCGAUAAAUUUUCAGGGAGACCAGUAGAUACACAGAAAUAUUCAAUGGGGGCAGGAAAUAUUGAGUCAGUACCUCUAAUUUGUGGAUCACAAUUAUCAUCACAGCUAAAUUUUGCACUGGAAAAGUCUCCCAACCAAAAGCUUUAUCACCCCAAGGAUGACUAUAAAUCUUCAACCCAGUCAGGGAUGCGGACAUCUGAACCACACUUAUCCAAACAAUUCAGCAAUAUUAGAGAGAUGGCUGAAGAAUUGGACACACUUUUGGAAUCUAUUGAAGAAACUGGUGGCUUUAGGGAUGCUUGCACUGUUUACCAAAAGAGUUCAGUUGAAGCGCUGGAGAGGGGAAUAGCUUUUCUUUCUGACAAAUGCAGGAGAUGGGAGAACAUGAUGGAUGAGCAUCUUGGGAAGAUCCAGCAUCUUCUUGAUAAAACUGUUCAAGUUUUAGCAAGGAAGAUAUACAUGGAAGGCAUUGUUAAGCAAGCUUCUGAUAGCCAAUACUGGGACCUCUGGAAUCGCCAGAAGUUGAGUUCUGAGCUUGAGCUUAAGCGGCGACAUAUACUGAAAUUGAAUCGGGAUUUGACCAAUGAGUUAAUUGAAUUAGAGAGGCAUUUCAACACCUUUGAACUCCAUAAAUUUGGUGAUAACAAUGGAGUUGAUGCAGGUUGGAGAGCUUUGCAGAGUAGAUUUGGGUCUUCAAGACACAUACAGUCUCUGCAUACUUUACAUAACACAAUGAAUUCACAACUAGCAGCUGCUGAGCAACUUUCUGAAUGCCUCUCACAACAAAUGGCCAUGCUGAGUGUAGAGUCACCUGUAAAACAACAAAAUGUGAAAAAGGAGUUGUUCCAAACAAUUGGUUUAGCAUAUGAUGCCUCUUUUACCUCUCCAGGUGUGACAAAACCUAGCAAUACUUCUUCAGUGAAGAAACUUGUUCUUUCCUCUGGGUCCACUGCUUCUAGAAUUCAGUCCAGGAGAAACCCAUCCAGUGCUCUGAAGAGUUUUGACCCAGAAAUUGCAAGGAGGAGGAGGGACUCGCUGGAUCAGAGCUGGGCUAGUUUUGAGCCUCCAAAAACUACCGUGAAAAGGAUGCUUUUGCAAGAAUCAGCAAGUGUAAAAAGAACAUCCUUCACAGAUAAGCAGAACUUUAGCCCUUACGCUCCUGAGGAAUCAACAAGUUCAUUGUCAAAGGAACACCCAGCAACUUCAGCCAUGUUCUAUCAAUCUGGAAAAGAAGGCACCCAGGAUGCAUUCCCAAAGCAGGAAUCUGAAUCAACCCUAUUCAGAUGGGCUAAUAAUUCUCUAGUUGCGCCACAAUCUACUGGGUGGAACUCUUGUACAGUGCAAACAAGUAACUUCUCUGCUUUGUCAUCAACAUCAGGAUCACAACCUAUGGUGGUGCAGAAUCGUUUGGGGGAAACUUGCAGUAUUCCUGUUGCUAAAUCAAACACUGGAGCUUCUCAUCUUGAGAGGUUUAAUAGUUCAUCUUUCUAUGAGAAUGAGAUUCAAUUCACUCAACAGUUUAGACCUGAUCUAUGUCAAGAGUUAUCAAUCUCCCAGGUGGCUUCAUUGCCAAAGAAAUCCACAGACAUCCCAAAUUCAGAUGGUAAAGGGACUGUGCUUGCAAAUUCAGCCCUUGGGUAUGUGAAACAGGUGCCAUCAACCACAAAGAGUACACUUUUUGGUUCUUCUAACAAUUAUGACCCCCAGUUCAUGCCCCCAGCUGCUGUUUCUGCAUCUUCUACCCUUUCAGCAAAAGUUUCACAAGUCAAUUUUAUAAAAAGCAAAAGCCAGCCCAGUGAAAAGGUAUCAGAGUCUUCUGCAUUCUCAAAACCAGUUUCAGAUUCAUCAUCAACUCUUUCAUUAUCAUCAUCAUUUUCUACGGUGCCAACCUCAUCAGUCACAUCAAUCCCCACAUCAGUUUCUAUGAUGUCAUCUGCAACAAUGGGUUCAUCAUCGGCCCCAAACUUUUCCUUUUCAACCUCAUUUUCAAUCGUUUCAUCUUCAUCAUCUGGAACACAAUUCAGCGAUUCUAUGACAAGUUCUAUAGUUUCUGCACAUGCUAAUAGAAAAGCAUCAUCUUCAUCAUCAUCACUAUCAAUUUUUCCCUCUGCUGGUGUUUCCUCUUCAAAUUCCCUCUCCAUUCAUCCUCACCAAAUACCUGUGCCCUUCCCUUCUGAUUCACCACCCGUAAGUUCACCAUCAGAGAUUUUGAAAACUGAGGCUCAACCACGUAUGGAAACACUUGGCUUGAAAAAGAAUGUCGAUUCAAUGACACAGGCACUACCACUGCAGCAUGAACUUCCAGCAGCGGGAUUGAGUUUGAAGCCAGAAGCUGCAGUGUCAUCUUCACCGAUAUGUGAAACUCCUACCCGAAUAUCAUCUGGAAGCCAGAGCAGCAUCAUUAAUGUUGCAAGUCCUGCAUCUAAUUUGGCAUCAAAUGCUCAUCCAGUGCAGCCUGCUACUGGAGAUAUUCUUUUUACUGCACCAUUGUCAACUAGUAUUAGCACCACUGAUGGAAAAAGUGGAAGUUUGGAUGUAACGGUUACACAAGAGGAUGAGAUGGAGGAGGAGGCUCCUGAGACAAACCAAAGGACUGAACUUAGCUUGGGAAGCUUAAGUGGCUUUGGCAAUGGCUCAACUCCUAACCCAACUGCUCCUAAGCCUAAUCCAUUUGGUGCUCCAUUUGGAAUUGUGGCUCCACGUAUGGCUAGCUCUUCGUUCACCACAGCUCUUCCUAGUGGAGAGUUGUUUAGGCCUGCAUCUUUUAGCUUCCAAUCUCCUCAGCCUUCCCAAUUGGCUCACCCUGCAAAUUUUGGCGCAUUCUCUGGUGGCUUUGCUUCUAGCACAUCUGGUCAAGCUCCUGCUCAAAGGGCUUUUGGCCAACCAGCACAGCUUGGAGUUGGACAGCAGGCUCUGGGAUCAGUUCUUGGUUCUUUUGGGCAGUCAAGACAGAUUGGUACUGGACUACCAGGAAGUGGUUUUGCUUCUGUGAGUGGUUUUGGAGGUGGUUUUGCAGGUUCUCAAUCUGCUGGUGGGUUUUCUAAUGCUGCAACAGGAGGUGGAUUUGCUGGCGUUGCCUCUAGUAGUGGUGGCUUUGCUGCUUUGGCUUCAGGUGGUGGGGGAUUUGGUGGUCUGGCUUCUGGUGGUGUUGGAUUUGGUGGUCUGGCUUCUGGUGGUGGUGGAUUUGGUCUGGGUUCAGCUGGAGGAUUCACAGCUGCGGCCUCAGGUGGUGGUGGUGGAGGAGGAUUUGCUGCUGCUGCCGCUGCUGCCUCAGGUGGUGGUGGUUUUGCAGGAGCUGCCUCAGGGGGUGGGUUUGGCGCUUUCAGCAGCCAGCAAGGGAAUGGUGGUUUCUCAGCCUUUGGAGGUGGCGCAGGACAAACUGGCAAACCUCCUGAGCUUUUCACACAAAUGAGAAGGUAGUUUAACAAAUUCCAGAUAGCUGGGCCGAGGGGAAUUUAAUUUAUUAGUGGAAAAGUGAUCAAGUCAUCUCUUUUGCCCUUUUAAGGGACUGACUGACUGCAAAUGAAGAUCGUUAAGUUACACUACAGUUUUGUUAAACGGUCCUUAAUACACGGGCUUAUACCUUAAUCCCAAGUUGACUGUUUAUUUUUUCGGUAGAGAGUCCAAAAAUGAACUUUAUAAGGGGAGGAUGCUAACUUAAGAUUGUUUAAUACACGUCGACUGCCUACUUAACAUCCGUCAAUAUCCCUGCGCAACAACGUGGAUCAUAAACCGAAGUACACUCGUACUUCAUUGCAAAUAUUUGC